AUGUCUUCAAAUUUUAUCACACUUGCAAAAGGUCUGGAGGGAAAAGUCUUUGAGCCAGACAGUGAUGUUUAUGAUGCUUCUUUGAAGUCUUAUUUUACUCUUCAGGAGGCACAGCUUGAACCAUCCUUCAUCAUCGCCCCUAAAUCUGCUGAAGAUGUCGCUCAGAUUCUAAAAUCCUUGAGAGCCAUAAACUCCGAGAUCGAAAUUGCUACCAAAGUGGAGGUUAGAGGAGGCGGCCAUAGCCCCUUUGCAGGCAGCGCGAAUAUUGACAAUGGCAUUACAAUUGACCUGCGAAAUAUUAAUGCCGCUGAAGUGAACGAAAGUAAGGGUAUUGUUUCAGUCGGAGGGGGAGCGAUCUGGGGUCAAGUAUAUGAUAAGCUCGACGCAAUGGGGCUUUCUGUGGUUGGAGGCCAUGUUUAUGAUGUAGGAGUUGGAGGAUUCACUCUGGGAGAUGGUCAAAUCAUCAAUGCGAAUGCCAAUGCAAAUUCGGACCUCUGGACUGCACUCAAAGGAGGCAGCAAUAACUUUGGAAUUGUGACCCGGUUUGAUAUAAGAACUUUUCCGCAAGGUAAAAAAUGGGCUGGGCUCGUCGUAUAUCCAAUCUCCACCUUGGAUGAGAACUUCAAGGCAUUCGAAAGUAUGCAAAAUGAUUGGGAUCCAUAUGCUUCGAUGAAGUUGAGUAUAGCAUUUUCAUCUCAAACGAAGUUCACUAUUGCAUCAAAAUUCGAAUACACCAAAGAAGAUAGCGCGCCUGCUGUAUUCAAACCUUUCAUGGAUAUCAAGCCCCAGUACAGAAAUACAAUGAAGAUCUCGACCCUUGGCGAAACUGCCAGAGAUAUCCAGAAAAUGCAAGUCAAUGGAGUUCGUCAGAUCUUUGCUACUACAUCCUUUCAAUUUUCUGUUGCCAAUUUGCAGAACGCGUAUGUUCUCUUCGAAAAUGCAGCUAUAUCUGUGGAAGACGUCAAAGGUAUACAUUGGAACUUGACAUACUGGCGUCUCCAUGGCUCAAUUAUCGAUAAAUCAGCAGUAUCUGGAGGCAACUCAACAGGUCUUGAUACUUCGCAGGACUCUCUUGUUCUAUGCAUAUUGACCUACUCGUGGGAAGACACAUCUGACGAUGCACGCAUGGAUAGAACGGCCAAAAGAUUUAUCGAGCAAGUUGAUGAGUCCAGUAAGAGUGCGAGGUUGUUCAAUCGCUAUAAGUAUCUUAAUUACUCGGCGGGCUAUCAAAAUCCAAUCAGUUGA